CGCCUUCGCAUUGGCGCACAAAGUCAGCGCCUAGGGCAGGAGAAGUUUACCUAGGUCCCCAAACCAGGCCAUUUGUUUGAAAACCUCGUCUUUAUCUGAGAGCAUUCUAUUGAGAGAAAGGGCUGGUCCAGGUGUGAUAAGCCUUCAACUCCUGUUGUCCGACCUCCCCGCGUGCCCACGUUCAGCUCCUCAGCUUGCCCUCCACACCGCCGGGCGACAGGAGGUGAGAGAACCUGAUCAGAAGCUGACCUUUCCCAGAGGCCUCACACACGCACGCACACACACACACACACACACACAAAUGCUCCUAUACAUACUCCCACGGAGGCUGUGUUAAGGAGCCGGUUUAGGAGACUUCUCUGGACGUGGAACAAGCAGAACCUUUGGAGCUGCCUUUGGGAUCCAUUCGUGGUAGAGAACACCAGGGAUGGACUUCGCUGGCGGGGUGGAGAGCGCCUGAGUAGUCCAUCGUCGCCACGGUUCCCCACACAGCUGCAUCAGCACUCAGCCGUGUAGGAGUUUAACGCUGUCCAGAGGAGCUGAGCCGGGUGGAGUCAUGUCUCCCUUCCUGAGGAUCGGCUUCUCCAGCUUCGAAAUGGACCCAGGGCUUGCUUACCAUGAGGAGGUGCUCAACCCGUACUGCGCUGUUUACAUGAAAGAGGCUGUGGAGACAGAGAAGGGCCAAGUGUACAAACAGAAGCGUCCCACCAUGUACCCUCCCUGGAGCAGUACCUUCGAUGCCCAUGUCCACCGAGGACGAGUGAUGCACGUAGUAGUUAAGGACAAAACAGCUGAGCUGAAGACGGAGGCGACUGUCCAGCUGGACACGCUCGCCUCCCGAUGCAAGAAGGAGAACGGCAAACUGGAGAUCUGGGUGGAACUGAAGCCCCAGGGACGUCUGCUGAUGGAGGCACGAUACUACUUGGAGAGAAGUGAUGCAGGUCACGGUGAAGCAGACAGCGAGGUGGAGCAUGAGAGAGAAGGGGUGUUCGCCCUGCAUCAGCGGAGAGGGGCUAUCAAGCAGGCCAAAGUUCACCUUGUGAAGUGUCACGAGUUCACCGCAACCUUUUUCCCACAGCCUACGUUCUGCUCCGUCUGCAAAGAGUUUGUCUGGGGUCUGAAUAAGCAAGGAUAUCAGUGCCGACAAUGCAAUGCCGCAAUCCAUAAGAAGUGCAUCGACAAAGUGAUCGCGAAAUGCACAGGCUCAGCCAUCAACAGCAAAGAAACCAUGAUCCAUAAAGAGCGCUUUAAGAUUGACAUGCCUCACAGGUUUAAAGUGUAUAACUAUAAGAGUCCAACGUUCUGUGAGCACUGUGGUACACUGCUGUGGGGGCUGGCCCGCCAGGGCCUCAAAUGUGAAGAAUGUUGCAUGAAUGUUCAUCACAAAUGUAAGAAGAAAGUGGCCAAUCUCUGUGGCGUCAACCAGAAGCUGAUGGCAGAAGCACUGGCCAUGAUAGAGAGCACGCAGCAGUCACGGAGCAUCAAGGAUAAUGAGAUUGUUGGCAGAGAAGGCCCAGUAGGUGUGGGGCAGCCUGGGUUGGUCAGAGAGGCCUCGGGCUGUGUGCCUUGCUUACCGGUCCAUCCUCUUCCUCCUGCCCCACCAGUUCCACGCAAAGAGCAUCAGGGUAUAUCCUGGGACUCGCCAUUAGAGGGCGACAGACCAAGCUUCAGUGAGGAUGUGGAGCCCCUGUAUGCUGUCCCACGCAAAGAGCAGCACAAAUUCACCCUAGAUGACUUCACUCUGCACAAGAUGCUGGGGAAAGGCAGCUUUGGCAAGGUGUUUCUUGCUGAGAUGAGAGCCACAGGCGAGUUCUUUGCGGUGAAGGCUCUGAAGAAGGACGUGGUUCUGAUGGACGAUGAUGUGGAAUGCACCAUGGUGGAAAGGAGAGUUCUGUCUCUGGCUUGGGAGCACCCGUUCCUCACACAUUUGUAUUGCACCUUUCAGACCAAGGAGAAUCUGUUCUUCGUGAUGGAGUAUCUGAAUGGAGGAGAUUUAAUGUUCCAUAUCCAGGCCUGCAACAGUUUUGACCUCACACGCUCCACGUUUUAUGCAGCUGAGAUUAUAUGUGGACUGCAGUUUCUACAUUCAAAAGGCAUUGUGUACAGGGAUCUGAAGUUGGAUAACAUCCUGCUGGAUAUUGAUGGCCACAUUAAGAUUGCGGAUUUUGGCAUGUGUAAAGAAAAUAUGUUUGGUGAAGCUCGUACCUCCACCUUCUGUGGGACCCCUGACUACAUCGCCCCUGAGAUUUUGCUUGGGCAAAAAUAUGGCACAUCUGUAGACUGGUGGUCUUUUGGGGUCCUUCUGUAUGAGAUGCUGAUUGGUAAGUCACCAUUCCAUGGGCAUGAUGAGGAGGAGCUGUUCCAGUCUAUCCGCACAGAUGACCCAUGUUACCCACGCUGGCUGGCCAGAGAUUCCCGGGAUAUUCUCGUUAAGCUGUUUGUGCGAGAGCCUGAGCGGAGGCUUGGUGUGAAAGGCAACAUUCGGCAGCACAAUUUCUUCAGGGACACUGACUGGAGCGCGCUGGAAAAGCGGCAGGUGGAGCCGCCCUUCAAGCCCACUGUGAACUCGCCCAGCGACUGCAGCAACUUCGAUAAGGAGUUCAUUAAUGAGAAGCCCCGCCUCUCGUGCGCAGACCGCACCCUUAUCAACAGCGUAGACCAGUCGAUGUUCAACAACUUCUCAUUCAUCAACCCAGGCAUGGCUCGCUUUAAAAACAUCUGAGCUUCGCACCCAAGGGAUACGUCAGUUCUCGUGUCACUGAGAGAGCAGGAGGGUCCAAAUGGAUCCAUUCUCAUCAGCGGAAAUGCAGUGCUAAUUAAAAGAAGUGAUGUCCAACUGAUGUGCAAGUCCAGCCUUUGUUCAUCAGAGGAUACCCCUUUCCCUGUUCUGUCCCAACCCAUUCCACAUUGUUUGCACUGGCAAAACCAGUUCCAUAUAACACAAUAUGGUGUUAUUCUCUACAUAUGUUGAGAGAUUUAUUCAUGUAGGGGGGUUAAGUUGUUCUGGGGAGUUUAAAUUAUGUUCUGAUCAAAUCUCCACUCCUAAAGACAUGAUAUAAUGG